CCAGUCCAGCGCUAGACUCGAGCCCCCAGCCGGCUCCGUCCCUACCUAACCCCUGCAGAGCCCCGCGCCUGCCGAGCCGCGGUCCGAGCCCCAGCCCCGCCACCAUGAGCAGCCUGCUGGCCUUCCUGCUCCUCUGCGCCCUGGUCGUGAGCGACUCCGAAGGCAGCCAGAAAGUUGGAGAGACAGAUGCAGAAAACUGUGGCUGUCUGAACGGAGGUCGGUGCGUGACCUACAAGUACUUCUCCAAAAUGCUGCGAUGCAACUGUCCGAAGAAAUUCCAGGGGGAGCACUGUGAGAUAGAUGCAUCCAAAACCUGCUAUGAGGGGAAUGGUCACUCUUACAGAGGAAAGGCCCACACUGACACCAAAGGACGGCCCUGCCUGGCCUGGAACUCUGCAACUGUCCUUCAGCAAAAGUUCCACGCCUACAGAUCUGAUGCUGUGGGCCUGGGCCUGGGCAAACACAAUUACUGCAGGAACCCAGACAACCGGAGGCGACCCUGGUGCUACGUGCAGAUUGGUCUAAAGCAGUUUGUGCAAGAGUGCAUGGUGCAUGACUGCUCUCUUGGAAGAAGUCCCUCUGCUCCCAAACAGGAAGAGUUCCAGUGCGGCCAGAAGGCUGUGAGGCCCCGCUUUAAGAUCAUAGGUGGAGAGUUCACCACCAUCGAGAACCAGCCCUGGUUUGCAGCCAUUUACAGGAAGAACCGGGGAGGCUCGGUCUCCUACAUUUGCGGUGGCAGCCUCAUCAGCCCUUGCUGGGUUGUCAGUGCCACCCACUGCUUCAUUGAAUACCCGGAGGAGGACUACAUCGUCUACCUGGGCCGGUCAAAGCUUAACUCUGAGACCCCUGGGGAAAUGAAGUUUGAGGUUGAAAAGCUGAUCCUGCAUGAGAACUACAGCGCUGAAAGCCUGGCGCACCACAAUGACAUUGCCUUGCUGAAGAUCCGCUCCAGCAGUGGCCAGUGUGCACAGCCGUCCCGGUCCAUACAGACCAUCUGCCUGCCCCCCAAGAAUGAUGAUGCCCCUUUUGGCACAAGCUGUGAGAUCACAGGCUUUGGGAAAGAGAAUUUUGCUGACUAUCUCUACCCGGAACGCCUGAAAAUGACUGCUGUGAAGUUGGUUUCCUACAAGGAGUGCCAGCAGCCCCACUACUAUGGCUCUGAAGUUACCACUGACAUGCUGUGUGCUGCUGACCCACAGUGGGAGACAGAUUCCUGUCAGGGAGACUCCGGAGGGCCUCUGGUCUGCUCCACCCGAGACCCCCAGACUGGGAGCUAUCACCUCACUCUGACCGGGAUUGUGAGCUGGGGCCGUGGAUGCGCCUUGAAGGACAAGCCAGGAGUCUACACGAGGGUCUCCAGGUUCCUGCCCUGGAUCCAGUUCCACACUAGGGAUGGCCUCGGCCUCUAGGACCCCUAGGGAGCCAAGGGAGGAAAGAAACAGCUUUCCAUCUGUUCCCAUGCUGACCUCCAUUUCCAUAGGCGGGUGGUCUCCAUCCGCUGAAGGAAAAGACUGGAGAGAUGGGCUCUGCAGAGGUGGCUUGGCUUGUGCUGCCCACCUGGGUGACGACGACAGUUUCCCUCAGACACAAGCUGGGUGCUGGCCACCCAGAUGCCCCUGGCCAGACCGAAGAGGUGGUCCUGACUCAGUGCCACUUUGACCAGCUACUGACUUUUUUUGGACUAAAUCCUGCAGUGGUGCCUCUGUGCAUGGUGGGAGGUGAACUAGCACCCUGUAGAGGUCACCCUGGAGGCCGAGGAUGGGAAAUGAGUCACUUCCCAACUAGGGAGUGUGACAGCAGAGUCUCUGGAGGAGUUCGGCCAAAGGGGAAACAGCGAUUUGGGGAACAGAGCUGCUAAUGGGCUGAGGGAAGAGCUCUGGUAUCCCAAGAACAGAUCCAGAAGUCUGUGUGUACAGUGGAGACUUGUGGCCCAGCCGCCAGGGCAGGCGUCAGAACUGCUAUGUCCUCGGGGCUGACUGUAGGUCUGGAUGUUUCCCUGCACUGCGGUUUGUGAUGCCACCCAGAGCAGUCUGCCUGGAGAGCUUGCGAGUCAACGGGGCCCUUUGGGUCCCUCACAUGAUAGGCCUGUGAAUGUAUCAGUCUGGCAUAGCUGGUGACCAGUGCUAGCAUCUGUUGUUUCACUUUCACACAGAUGCCUCCUUCUGGGCCAGUUAUUAUACCUUCUGACCUCCCCGCCUAGUUAUCCAAUCCUCACUGGAUGAGGUGAGGGCCACUCCUGUAUACUGAAUAUUUAAUAAUUAUAUUCUGUGAUUUUUAUUUAUAUCUAUUUUUAUAAUUCUGAAUA